UCAGAUCGAACCGCACCUAAAGACAUGUGGACGCGUAGCAGGGGAGUACGUGCUUGGCUUGUGUUUGUAACUGUUGUCUGUCUCGGGAAGGGGGCCAAUGGUUGGGCAAGCUUCAAACAUCUCUCACGCGAGAAAAGGGCAUUGUUGGAAACUAUUGCAGUUAAGCAGGGUCUUCAUGUUGCGAGUCACAUAAAAGAGAUGCGGACAUUGUCUCGCUCAAAGCGGCAAUCAGACUCUUGUAGCAGCGGAGGCGGAGGCGAUAGUAGCGUGUUGUUAGAUACUGUCGUUAUAACGGCACCCAGGCGUCCUCCCAGUCCAUCGUUGGAUUUUGGUAUCCCUUCCCGUUGGGAAGACCCUUUCCCUUUCCCUUUUAGCGGCGGCGGCUUUGUUGGAGGAGCCCCAGCCAAACCCACACCACCACCCACCCCGGCCUCGCCUGAGCCAAAAGAGGACAAAGACGCCAAGAAAAUGACAUACCAGCAGUUUAUAUAUCAGCUGGAGAAACUAGAGGCCCUUCUGCCGGAUCUUCCGCCCGACCAGAUGGCCCACAAGCUAAGGAUGCUGGUCGGCCGCUACGACAGCUCUUUGUGGAAUAUGAUGUUGAAUGUGAACAGCCCGAUUCCGUUGGCAGGGCGGGACGUGGAGGGAUUCACGAUGACGCCGGCGCAGAAGGGGACGUUUGACCAGCUCCGCGAAAUGAUGGACCACAAGUUCAAGGGCGGCGCCGAGCUCGGGGUCAUCAAGGGCAUGUUAUAACAGGGGCCACCGCUGGCUAUGACAACCAGAAGUUUAUGGGAAUGGACAACUUGUUCGCUACGACACUAUCCGGAGAUCUGGGUCAGUCGGGGCUGAGAAACAGCAGAGACCCAACCUCUCCAGUCAUAGGCCCCGCGGGCACCUGGAAGAACGGGAAGUACGGGUUGCCAGGUAAAGGCAGCAUGGCAACGCGCGCAGAAAUCCUUGGUGAUAUCGAUGGCUUCAACAUCGGCAAGCGUAUCAUGGCGGAUAGCACAAAACCGCUGAGUCAGCAUUUCCGUGAAUAUUACUCGGGGGAGAGCAGUCGCCGAUUUGAUACAUUCACGGGACACACCACCAAGGCCAACCUGAAGGCGGAAGUGUACAAGUUCGCUUAUCUCUAUGACUACAAGGAGGCGGGGCUGCUGGCAUCAGCAUUGCGCAACUCCAGUCCUGAACUUGCCGUGCGGCGAGCAAAUGAGAUAGAUAGCGUCGCUAUAGCCGCCGUCAAUGCUUUUUGUACGGCC